AUGACAGAGUUGGCGCAAACGCAGGGCCUUGCGUCCUCUUCAUCCGAUUGCAUCCCCUCGGAGCCCGAUGCACCCUCCAUUGCCCCCUCAUUGACGUACUCUGAGGAGUCGGAGGACCAGGAAGAACCUACUAGUCGAGUGCAACCUCGCCAACGCCGAGCCUCGACAAGACUGAUUGCCCAAAAUGCCCGCGACAUCCAGCGCAUUACCGGCGAGACGACUGCCGAAUUUGUCGGUCGUUGCUGCGGCGGCGGUUGCUGCUUGAUGGGAGGCUCUCGCCGUUCCGGCGUUGAAUAUGAGACCGUCCCACUACCGGACAAUGCGGCAUUCCGUUCCCUCGGGCUCAAAAUUGGCGACAUUCCCACCACAUUGACCAAGAUUGUCGAGAUGCCGGAGAAAACCAUUUCAUUCAAAUCUAUUUCCAAGCCCAGAAGCGCUCCAUCCCCUACAGACUCGGCCAUUUCGCUUGGCUUCGAUGGCGAAUCCAAACCCACCGAUGCAAGUCCUGUGUUGGACAAUGCGAGUCUCAGCCAGACUCUAUCCUCUAUUGAUACCACGAUUCAGCCUCCGAGAUUUGUCCAACCACAUCCUCCUUACCAUGUUUACCCAGCCAAGAUUCAUACCGCCCGGGAGUUGACCAAGGAUGGUGCCGAGAAGCGAACGUACCAUUUCGAUCUUGACAUCACAGACUACCCCGAAGAAGACGGCAAUGAUUUCAAAGUUGGCGGUGCCAUUGGCGUUAUGGCUCCCAACUGUGAACUGGUAGUCGAGGACGUUCUUGAUACAUUGAUGGUGCCUCGGUUCAUCCGCGACAAACCCAUCAUGUUGACCACGACCAAAGGCAGAUGGCCAACCGUCUGGGGCGACGAUAAGGCACGAGAACUUGUUACUACUCGUCGCGACCUGCUUACAUGGUGUACUGAUCUUCAGUCCUACCCCCCGACAAAGCCUCUUCUCAGAGUCCUCGCUGAGCAUGCUACAGCCGAGAACGAGAAGAAGAUACUAAUGUUCCUUUGUUCAUCUGAAGGCCAGGGAUCAUUCUGCGACUUCCGGACGGGACCUCACAUCACUGUUUCCCAGCUUCUCAACGCCUUCCCAAGCUCUCACCCCCCUAUGGAUGAGCUGUUGUCGUGCCUGCAACCACUCAUGCCGCGCUUUUAUUCGCUAUCCAAUGAUCCCCACGAGUCUUUCCAGAUUCGCGAUCAGAAGCGACAUCGCCUCAUCGAGAUUGCCGUUACCGUUCAUGAGACCAACGACUGGAAGAAGGGCUGCCGCACUGGCGUUGGAUCUGGAUAUUUCGAAAGACAGGCUCGACGCUACAUCAGGGCGCAGGAGGCUGGCAAAAAGUCACCCGAGUUUUACAUCCCCAUGUUCAAGGGCCUCAUGGCCAACCCUCUGGCGAAACAGUUCAACUCUGACGGCCCAAUGCUGCUCAUUGGUGCUGGGGUCGGCAUUGCCCCGUUCCGUGGCUUCGUACAGCGACGGCUGAAGCAGGCAAACUGUGCCAACAAGGUGUGGGUUCUGCAAGGAAUCCGCGACUCUCUAGUCGAUGAGAUAUACAGCGGUGAAUGGGGUGUGCACGAAGACGAAGUCAAGAGAGUGGUGCAAAGCCGCCGGGGUGAGGGUCAAUAUGUGCAGGAAGAAGUGCGAAACCAAGCCGACCUUGUAUGGUACAUUGCCAAUUCGGUGGACGGUCGCAUCUUCGUCUGUGGCAGCUCCAAGGGCAUGGGCGAAGGAGUUGAAGACUCUCUUGUCGAUGUCGCCAUGUCCAAGGGUAACUUGGAGCGCGACGAAGCCAAGAACUUUUGGCAGCUUAAAAAAGAAGCCGGACAGUACAUUGCUGAGACUUGGUAA